GAAAAUACCCCAGACGAUGAAAAACGGAAGCCUCUUAGGGAAUCCGAAGCUUUGAAGGCGGCCAAAGAGGUGACUAAGGUAAGCCAAAACGUCGCCAAUGCCGCGUCCGUGGCUGGAGGUUCUGGUGCACGAGCCUCCGACAUUCGCAACCGCUUUGAAAAAGGUGAAAGUUUUCAAGAGGGUGACAAACCGAAGGAGGUGCGAAAGCGCAAGACAAAGCUGAAAUACGCCGGUGUAGGCAGUAUGAAGGACAAGUUUAUGCAAGAGGCAGCAAGAGCAGUGAAUGGAUCAAAUGACGGACAACCACGCAAGUUGAAGGAAAUCACACCACCAAGAGAGGGUGUCGCUGUAGGUGUGUUGGAAAGUCAACCGACAGCGAGACCGGAAGGCGUGGAGGGCGCAGACUCGGGAGAGAGCACAGUGACGGACUACAUUGGUAUCGGAAAGAAUACAAAGGAUAUGAGAGAGAAAUUCAAACGAUUAGAACAGACUGGUGGUGUGGAUGCACCAAAAUUUGAAUUGUCUGAUGUGAACGUCAUGGAAAACAAGUCGGUGACGGUUAGUUUCACCAAGUUGAUUUGA